GGCGCGGGGGGGCCCGCUGCUUCACACUUUCCACACCGCACUGAAGAGGGAGAGCGAGCGAGCGAGCGAGCGCCUGGAGACGCGCGGAUCCCCCCGAACCGAAGCUGAGGCCACGGACCGCGCUCGAACAUGGACGAAGGAAUUCCGCAUUUGCAAGAGCGACAGUUACUGGAACAUAGAGAUUUUAUAGGACUGGACUAUUCCUCUUUGUAUAUGUGCAAGCCCAAAAGGGGCAUGAAACGAGAUGACACCAAGGAUACCUACAAAUUACCGCACAGAUUAAUAGAAAAGAAAAGAAGAGACCGAAUUAAUGAAUGCAUCGCUCAGCUGAAAGAUUUACUGCCUGAACAUCUGAAAUUGACAACCCUGGGGCAUCUGGAGAAAGCCGUCGUCUUGGAAUUAACUUUGAAACACUUGAAAGCCUUAACCGCCUUAACGGAGCAGCAGCAUCAGAAGAUCCUCGCUUUGCAGAAUGGGGAGCGGUCUCUGAAGUCGCCCAUUCAGGCCGACCUGGACGCGUUCCACUCGGGAUUUCAAACCUGCGCCAAAGAAGUCUUGCAAUACCUCUCCCGCUUCGAGAGCUGGACCCCCAGGGAGCCGCGCUGCGUCCAGCUCCUCAACCACUUGCACGCCGUGGCCACCCAGUUCCUGCCCACCCCGCCGGCCUUGACUCAACAGGUCCCGCUGGGCAAAGGCGCCGGCGCGGCCGCGGCCGCCGGCCCCGCGGGCCCCAAGCUGGAGCCGCCGGCGCACUGCGUGCCGGUCAUCCAGCGGACUCAGCCCAGCGCCGAGCUCGCCGCCGAGAACGACACGGACACCGACAGCGGCUACGGCGGCGAGGCCGAGGCCCGGCCGGAGCGUGAGGCGGGCGCCGGCCGCGUCGCCAUCAAGCAGGAGCCGCCGGGGGAGGACUCGCCGGCGCCCAAGAGGCUGAAGCUGGAUGCCCGCGGCGGCCCGGGAGGCGGCGGCGGCGGCCCGGGGGGCGGCGCGGCGGCGGCGGCGGCCGCGCUCCUGGGCCCCGACCCGGCCGCGGCCGCGCUGCUCAGACCGGACGCCGCCCUGCUCAGCUCGCUCGUGGCGUUCGGCGGAGGCGGGGGAGCGCCGUUCGCGCCGCCCGCGGCCGCCGCGGCCCCCUUCUGCCUGCCCUUCUACUUCCUCUCGCCCUCGGCCGCCGCCGCCUACGUGCAGCCCUUCCUGGACAAGAGCGGCCUGGAGAAGUAUCUGUACCCGGCGGCCGCCGCCCCGUUCCCGCUGCUGUACCCCGGCAUCCCCGCCCCGGCCGCCGCCGCCGCCGCCGCCGCGGCCGCUGCGGCCGCCGCCGCCUUCCCCUGCCUGUCCUCGGUGCUGUCGCCGCCGCCGGAGAAGGCCGCCGCGGCCGCCGCGACCCUCCUGCCGCACGAGGUGGCGGCCCCCGGGCCGCUGCACCUGCCGGCGGCCGGGAACCCGGGCGGCGGCGCUCAGGACGGGCCCUCGCCGGCCGGCGCGGACGGCCCCUGA